AUCUUCCCGCAAAAUCAUGAAUCAUGUCUCAACAAAUACCAUCUCCCACCUCUACGAUCAACCUCAGAUCCCUUUCAAGCCCAUCCGUCAAACCAGGCAGAUGGCAUCAACCACAUGCCCACCCAAACCCCCUGCUAGCUUUCCCCUCCCAGCCAACAGCAAUCCUUGCCCAGACACCCUCAACGAACCCCUACCAGCAGCCAUCAUAGCACAUGCAUACGCAAACACCUGGUGCCACCCACACGCACGCAAAUCUGCCAUCAUCAAAGAAAAAAGACGUGAGCAAGGCC